GGGUAGGUCAAUGCGCACGCGCCGACAGGAGGCGUGGGGCGGGGCACGGCGCAGGGGGUGGGGCAGCGGCGCGCAUGCGUCCUAGCAGCGGGACCCUGCGGCUCGGGAUGGAGGCUGGACACCUGUUCUGCUGUUGUGUCUUGCCAUUCUCCUGAAGAACAGAGGCACACUGUAAAACCCAACACUUCCCCUUGCAUUCUAUGAGAUUACAGCAAGAUGGAAAUACCAAAUCCCCCUACCUCCAAAUGUAUCACUUACUGGAAAAGAAAAGUGAAAUCUGAAUACAUGCGACUUCGACAACUUAAACGGCUUCAGGCAAAUAUGGGUGCAAAGGCUUUGUAUGUGGCAAAUUUUGCAAAGGUUCAAGAAAAAACUCAGAUCCUCAAUGAAGAAUGGAAGAAGCUUCGUGUCCAACCUGUUCAGUCAAUGAAGCCUGUGAGUGGACACCCUUUUCUCAAAAAGUGUACCAUAGAGAGCAUUUUCCCGGGAUUUGCAAGCCAACAUAUGUUAAUGAGGUCACUGAACACAGUUGCAUUGGUUCCCAUCAUGUAUUCCUGGUCCCCUCUCCAACAGAACUUUAUGGUAGAAGAUGAGACGGUUUUGUGCAAUAUUCCCUACAUGGGAGAUGAAGUGAAAGAAGAAGAUGAGACUUUUAUUGAGGAGUUGAUCAAUAACUAUGAUGGGAAAGUCCAUGGUGAAGAAGAGAUGAUCCCUGGAUCCGUUCUGAUUAGUGAUGCUGUUUUUCUGGAGUUGGUCGAUGCCCUGAAUCAGUACUCAGAUGAGGAGGAGGAAGGGCACAAUGACACCUCAGAUGGAAAGCAGGAUGACAGCAAAGAAGAUCUGCCAGUAACAAGAAAGAGAAAGCGACAUGCUAUUGAAGGCAACAAAAAGAGUUCCAAGAAACAGUUCCCAAAUGACAUGAUCUUCAGUGCAAUUGCCUCAAUGUUCCCUGAGAAUGGUGUCCCAGAUGACAUGAAGGAGAGGUAUCGAGAGCUAACAGAGAUGUCAGACCCCAAUGCACUUCCCCCUCAGUGCACACCCAACAUCGAUGGCCCCAAUGCCAAGUCUGUGCAGCGGGAGCAAUCUCUGCACUCCUUCCACACACUUUUUUGCCGGCGCUGCUUUAAAUACGACUGCUUCCUUCACCCUUUUCAUGCCACCCCUAAUGUAUAUAAACGCAAGAAUAAAGAAAUCAAGAUUGAACCAGAACCAUGUGGCACAGACUGCUUCCUUUUGCUGGAAGGAGCAAAGGAGUAUGCCAUGCUCCACAACCCCCGCUCCAAGUGCUCUGGUCGUCGCCGGAGAAGGCACCACAUAGUCAGUGCUUCCUGCUCCAAUGCCUCAGCCUCUGCUGUGGCUGAGACUAAAGAAGGAGACAGUGACAGGGACACAGGCAAUGACUGGGCCUCCAGUUCUUCAGAGGCUAACUCUCGCUGUCAGACUCCCACAAAACAGAAGGCUAGUCCAGCCCCACCUCAACUCUGCGUAGUGGAAGCACCCUCGGAGCCUGUGGAAUGGACUGGGGCUGAAGAAUCUCUUUUUCGAGUCUUCCAUGGCACCUACUUCAACAACUUCUGUUCAAUAGCCAGGCUUCUGGGGACCAAGACGUGCAAGCAGGUCUUUCAGUUUGCAGUCAAAGAAUCACUUAUCCUGAAGCUGCCAACAGAUGAGCUCAUGAACCCCUCACAGAAGAAGAAAAGAAAGCACAGAUUGUGGGCUGCACACUGCAGGAAGAUUCAGCUGAAGAAAGAUAACUCUUCCACACAAGUGUACAACUACCAACCCUGCGACCACCCAGACCGCCCCUGUGACAGCACCUGCCCCUGCAUCAUGACUCAGAAUUUCUGUGAGAAGUUCUGCCAGUGCAACCCAGACUGUCAGAAUCGUUUCCCUGGCUGUCGCUGUAAGACCCAGUGCAAUACCAAGCAAUGUCCUUGCUAUCUGGCAGUGCGAGAAUGUGACCCUGACCUGUGUCUCACCUGUGGGGCCUCAGAGCACUGGGACUGCAAGGUGGUUUCCUGUAAAAACUGCAGCAUCCAGCGUGGCCUUAAGAAGCACCUGCUGCUGGCCCCCUCUGAUGUCGCCGGAUGGGGCACCUUCAUAAAGGAGUCUGUGCAGAAGAACGAAUUCAUUUCUGAAUACUGUGGUGAGCUCAUCUCUCAGGAUGAGGCUGAUCGACGCGGAAAGGUCUAUGACAAAUACAUGUCCAGCUUCCUCUUCAACCUCAAUAAUGAUUUUGUAGUGGAUGCUACUCGGAAAGGAAACAAAAUUCGAUUUGCAAAUCAUUCAGUGAAUCCCAACUGUUAUGCCAAAGUGGUCAUGGUGAAUGGAGACCAUCGGAUUGGGAUCUUUGCCAAGAGGGCAAUUCAAGCUGGCGAAGAGCUCUUCUUUGAUUACAGGUACAGCCAAGCUGAUGCUCUCAAGUACGUGGGGAUCGAGAGGGAGACCGACGUCCUUUAGCCCUCCCAGGCCCCACGGCAGCACUUAUGGUAGCGGCACUGUCUUGGCUUUCGUGCUCACACCACUGCUGCUCGAGUCUCCUGCACUGUGUCUCCCACACUGAGAAACCCCCCAACCCACUCCCUCUGUAGUGAGGCCUCUGCCAUGUCCAGAGGGCACAAAACUGUCUCAAUGAGAGGGGAGACAGAGGCAGCUAGGGCUUGGUCUCCCAGGACAGAGAGUUACAGAAAUGGGAGACUGUUUCUCUGGCCUCAGAGGAAGCGAGCACAGGCUGGGGUGGAUGACUUAUGCGUGAUUUCGUGUCGGCUCCCCAGGCUGUGGCCUCAGGAAUCAACUUAGGCAGUUCCCAACAAGCGCUAGCCUGUAAUUGUAGCUUUCCACAUCAAGAGUCCUUAUGUUAUUGGGGUGCAGGCAAACCUCUGUGGUCCUAAGACCUGGAGAGGACAGGCUAAGUGAAGUGUGGUCCCUGGAGCCUACAAGUGGUCUGGGUUAGAGGCGAGCCUGGCAGGCAGCACAGACUGAACUCAGAGGUAGACAGGUCACCUUACUACCUCCUCCCUCGUGGCAGGGCUCAAACUGAAAGAGUGUGGGUUCUAAGUAUAGGCAUUCAAGGCUGGGGGAAGGAAAGCUACGCCAUCCUUCCUUGGCCAGAGAGGGAGAACCAGCCAGAUGAUAGUAGUUAAACUGCUAAGCUUGGGCCCAGGAGGCUUUGAGAAAGCCUUCUCUGUGUACUCUGGAGAUAGAUGGAGAAGUGUUUUCAGAUUCCUGGGAACAGACGCCAGUGCUCCAGCUCCUCCAAAGUUCUGGCUUAGCAGCUGCAGGCAAGCAUUAUGCUGCUAUUGAAGAAGCAUUAGGGGUGUGCCUGGCAGGUGUGAGCACCCUGGCUCGCUGGAUUUGUGGGUGUUUUCAGGCCUUCCAUUCCCCAUAGAGGCAAGGCCCAAUGGCCAGUGUUGCUUAUCGCUUCAGGGUAGGCGGGCACAGGCUUGGACUCGAGAGGAGAAAGAUUGGUGUAAUCUGCUUUCCUGUCUGUAGUGCCUGCUGUUUGGAAAGGGUGAGUUAGAAUAUGUUCCAAGGUUGGUGAGGGGCUAAAUUGCACGCGUUUAGGCUGGCACCCCGUGUGCAGGGCACACUGGCAGAGGGUAUCUGAAGUGGGAGAAGAAGCAGGUAGACCACCUGUCCCAGGCUGUGGUGCCACCCUCUCUGGCAUUCAUGCAGAGCAAAGCACUUUAACCAUUUCUUUUAAAAGGUCUAUAGAUUGGGGUAGAGUUUGGCCUAAGGUCUCUAGGGUCCCUGCCUAAAUCCCACUCCUGAGGGAGGGGGAAGAAGAGAGGGUGGGAGAUUCUCCUCCAGUCCUGUCUCAUCUCCUGGGAGAGGCAGAGGAGUGAGUUUCACACAGAAGAAUUUCAUGUGAAUGGGGCCAACAAGAGCUGCCCUGUGUCCAUGGUGGGUGUGCCAGGCUGGCUGGGAACAAGGAGCAGUAUGUUGAGUAGAAAGGGUGUGGGCGGGUAUAGAUUGGCCUGGGAGUGUUACAGUAGGGAGAAGGCUUCUCCCCUCUUUCUGGGACUCAGAGCCCCCCUUCUUCCCACUCCACUUGUUGUCCCAUGAAGGAAGAAGUGGGGUUCCUCCUGACCCAGCUGCCUCUUACGGUUUGGUAUGGGACAUGCACACACACUCACAUGCUCUCACUCACCACACUGGAGGGCACACACGCACCCCGCACCCAGCAACUCCUGACAGAAAGCUCCUCCCACCCAAAUGGGCCAGGCCCCAGCAUGAUCCUGAAAUCUGCAUCCGCCGUGGUUUGUAUUCAUUGUGCAUAUCAGGGAUACCCUCAAGCUGGACUGUGGGCUCCAAAUUACUCAUAGAGGAGAAAACCAGAGAAAGAUGAAGAGGAGGAGUUAGGUCUAUUUGAAAUGCCAGGGGCUCGCUGUGAGGAAUAGGUGAAAAAAAACUUUUCACCAGCCUUUGAGAGACUAGACUGACCCCACCCUUCCUUCAGUGAGCAGAAUCACUGUGGUCAGUCUCCUGUCCCAGCUUCAGUUCAUGAAUACUCCUGUUCCUCCAGUUUCCCAUCCUUUGUCCCUGCUGUCCCCCACUUUUAAAGAUGAGUCUCAACCCCUCCCCACCACGUCAUGAUGGAUGGGGCAAGGUGGUGGGGACUAGGGGAGCCUGGUAUACAUGCGGCUUCAUUGCCAAUAAAUUUCAUGCACUUUAAAGUCCUGUGGCUUGUGACCUCUUAUCUGAAUAAAGUGUUAGAAUCCA